CAUAAGUUCUCAUUCAUUCAUUUGAUUUGAUCUUAACUUUGCACAAUAUUUUUUAUAAACACAUAGAAAUUUUGAACGGGUUCUACAAUAUGAGCGUCAGAGCUCUUUGGGUAUUGAGUAUGUGUAAAGAAGACUAUGGUAAUGUAUUAUUUUAUAGACAUUUUCCAACUGUUGAAAAAAUGUGUAAAGUAUUAGAAGAAGGAAGCUAUGUACCUCUACCAUCUGUUUCUUCUUUUGCGAGCAAUAUUUUAGUCACUUUAGGGUUAACUGACUCUAAACAGUUUGUAGAGUGGAGAGAUAAAUGCAGUGGCUUAAUGCAACUUCCUCUUGUAGAACUGCAUAUAAAUACACAGACUUUAUGGCCAGUUAUAUCCAUCACUCAGAAUAACUUACUCGUUUGUUGUUUGCCAUUUGAGGAAGGCAUAAGGAAUCUAAAAAAGGAAGAAUUAUUAAAAAUGCCUUUCAUAUCAAUGGGAUUUUCUGUGCUGUUGGGAAUUUUAAGUAUCAUUGGAGCAGCAAAAAUGGACCAACGGCAAUCAAAGAUAAUAGAUCUCGCCAAUUUCACAUCCUUGUCUAUGCCUUUUGGAAUACCAUCAGAUGUUGACCUGCCAUGCAUUGCAAGUAGUUUAAAAUUCCCAGCUCAAAAAUUUCUUAAAAAGCAACCAGCAUGGAAACCCUCUGAAUCCCGAGGUAAGCAAGUCAUCAACAUAAAAAUAUUGGAAUUCAUUCGAUGUAUCUUGACGGGGGAGAGCACCCAUUUUCAGACAUUCGGACAGGUGUAUGUGAAAGCUGACUUGGAGGGAGGCAACAAUGACGUCAGUCUCUCCCUUGGCACCGUCGAUCCACAGCAACCCCUCUCUUUGCAUUCCCUCAUCAUUCAUCCCUGUGUCACCUUGUCUGGAGCAUCAUCCAUGAGUGUUCAGAAAAGGUUAAGAUUCUCUCCCCCCUUACAUGAAUUGAUUCUCUUUCAUUACAUUUCAUCCUUUCCUAAGGAUCCACCCCUGCAAGGAGUAUUUAAAAUGGCUGGUGAAGACAGCAUGGAGCUUCUUCUACAGUUGAAAUUGAAUGAAAAAGUGAAGAAUUCAUUUGACUUCUGUGAUUUAGUUAUAGUUUUUUUUAAUAAAGGACCUGUUAAAAGAAUGGAAUUGAAUGCCAAUCAUGGAUCUCUAAAAUUAUCAGAAGAUAAAUAUUCUCUGAAAUGGACAAUAGGUUCCAAGUUUCCAAAAGAUCUUGAAAUAAAACUAACAGCCAAAAUUGAAUUCCAGGAUGGACCUUUCAUGCCAAAUAGUGAUCCCUUCUGCAUUGAAAAGAAUUGUUAUGUACAGGUGAAUUUGAAACAAAGUAAUGCAACUUUAAGUGGUUUUAAUAUCGAUCCUAAAAGUAUCACUGUCUCUGAAGGGAGUAAACCUAAAAUACUGAUGGAGAGAAGCGUGCAGUCUACGGAAUAUCGAAUAUGGAACAGCUAUGGAGAACUGCCAUUUCCACUCCAUGCAGAUAAAAUAUUUCAAAAAAUAUGUGCCCAAUGAAAUGUCUUGCCGGGAGUGAAACUCAAGCAACAUUUUUACACAUCAGCUCAUUUUUGUGAGCAAGUUGCUCAAUAAAGCACCAAACAAUUUUCCAAUAUUGUCUUGAACAAAGUUCUCGUAACAUUUUAUACAAAAUAUUUAUUAUUUUUAUUUAUAAUUUAUUCAUAAAAUAUAAAUAAAUCAAACUACAAUUGAUCAUAAUGCGUAGUAUUUUUAUGUUCAUUUUUAAAUGUUCACAUUAUUGAAUAGAAUUUUAAAUAUAUAGUUUAAAUUAAAAAUUUAAACUAUUCAAUUUUGAUUUUGAAUUUUUUAUUUUGCUAUUUAAAAUUAUAUAUAUAAUUAUAUUCUUUAAAAUGAUGAAAAAGAUUUGUAUGCCUUACUAUUCUAAUUUGUUUGGCUGUUAUUAAAUAAAUAUAUAUUAAAAAUUA